GGAGGAGGAGGAGGAGGAGGAGGAGGAGAGCAGCUGACCUGGGCCCUGUCCAGCUCCGUCCCCUCUCCGGCCAUGUCCUUCGUGGAGCUGCUGGCCCGCCUGGGCGGCAUGGGCCGCUUCCAGGUCACCUACGUGGCCGCGCUGGCCAUCCCGCUGCUCAUGCUGGCCAGCCACAACCUCCUGCAGAACUUCACCGCCGGCAUCCCCGAGCACCACUGCCGGCCCCGGCCCGUGGCCAACGCCACCGCGGCCGACGUCCCCCUGGUCGUGUCCAUCCCCUGGGACGGCCACCGCCGGCCCCAGAGCUGCCGCCGCUACGUGGAGCCCCAGUGGCACCUCUUGGACGUCAACGGCUCGGCCAACGCCGCGGCCAACGGCACGGCCGCCGAGGCGGCCACCGAGCCGUGCCACGACGGCUGGACGUACCUGGACGGCAUCUUCACCGACACCAUCGUCACCGAGUGGGACCUGGUGUGUGACUCCAAGAAGCUGAGGCAGGUGGCCCAGUCCAUCUACAUGGCCGGGAUCCUGCUGGGCUCCUGCCUCUUCGGGGUCCUCUCCGACAAGUUCGGGCGCCGGGCGCUGCUCACCUGGUGUUACCUGCAGCUGGGGGCGACGGGGGUGGGCACGGCCGCCGCCCCCUCCCUCCUGGUCUACUGCGUGUGCCGCUUCCUGACCGGGCUGGCCAUGGCCGGCGUGUCCCUCAACUCCGCCUCCCUCUGCAUGGAGUGGAUCCCGACGGAGGCGCGGGCCGUGGUGGGGACCAUCAAUGGCUACUGCUACACCCUGGGCCAGUUCGUGCUGGCGGCCGCGGCCUUCGGGCUCCCGCACUGGCGGCAGCUCCAGCUCGCCGUGUCCCUGCCCUUCUUCGUCUUCUUCUUCUACUCCUGGCUGUACGUGGAGUCCGCGCGCUGGCAGGUGACCUCGGGCAGAGCCGACCUGGCCCUGCGGGGGCUCCGCAAGGUCGCGCGGGUCAACGGCAGGAAGGAGGAGGGGGACAAGCUCAGCGAGGAGGCGCUGCGGGCUCUGGUGCGCCGGGAGCCGCCGCUGCCGGGCGGGGCCGUGGCCGCGCUCGUCCGGACCCCCGGCAUGAGGACGGUGUCGUGCGGGGUCUCCUUCGUCUGGUUCUCCACCAGCUUCGCCUACUACGGGCUGGCCAUGGACCUGCAGGGCUUCGGCUUCAACGUGUACCUGAGCCAGCUGGUGUUCGGCGCCGUGGACAUCCCGGCCAAGCUCCUGUCCGUGCUGGUCAUCUCCUGCCUCGGCCGGCGCCCGGCCCAGGGCGGCUCCCUGGCGCUCGCCGGCCUCUGCAUCCUGGCCAACAUCUUCGUGCCCAGCGAGCUGCCGACGCUGCGCAUGGCCUUCGCCGUGGUUGGGAAGGGCGCCUUGGCCGCCUCCUUCAACUGCGCCUACAUCUUCUCCGGGGAGCUCUUCCCCACCGUCAUCAGGCAGACGGGGAUGGGCCUGGGGGGCACCAUGGCCCGCGUGGGGAGCAUGGUGGCCCCCCUGGUGCGCAUGCUGGCCGACGUGACCCCGGUGCUGCCCCUCGUCAUCUACGGGGCCGCGCCCAUCAUCUCGGCCAUCGCCACCUGCUUCCUGCCCGAGACCCGCAACGCGCCCCUGCCCGAGACCGUCAAGGACGUGGAGAGGCGAGCGGGUCGCCUCGAGGACGACGACGUCGCCGUCCCCCUGAGCAGCACCAAGAGCAAGGACGGCGCCUGAGGGGGGAUUUGGGACCCUCGGGGGGGGAUUUUGGGGCCGGGACCCCCCUGGAGUCCCCCAGCCCCUCCCCCCCGGGUUAUUUAUU